AUGUGCUGCCUUCCUGUUCAGCAAGGCUCUUAUCCUGGUGGAAGUAAACCCAACACAGCUCAUAAUGUUGGCUUGUACCAGCAAGGACCCUCUGCUCAGUUUUCACCUGAGGCUGUUGAGUAUUACAAUGGGACCUACCAAUCACUUUAUAAGGCUGUACCACAGCAGGAGCCCAGUGUCCCUAAGCUAACUGCUCAAAGACAACCAGAACCUGCUGUUGGUCCUGGUUCUUUUGGACCGGUUAAUUCAGGUUACAGGGGAACUUCAGCAAGGCAAAACCCUGACAACUCUGCUCAACCAGAAGCUGCUUAUCAACCUGCCCCUCCAGAAGUCAAAUGGGCUGUUGAACCUCCCAGGAUGUUCUCCGGAGGUGAGGAAGUGUCGACAGGCACCCGUGCCGUUGUCUCCAGUCAACCAGAAAACAUGAGUCCUCCUGGAUCAUUUUACCAGGCAGGGGAGUUGUCCACUUAUUCCCAAAUCUUAGAGCAGGGUAACUCUGAGCAGGAGACGGAGGACCUAGUGCCUUCUCGACGACCUUUUCCUCCAGGACCUUAUCAAGCUCCACCUCCUAGGUCAGAGUCUGCGGGACGAGGAUAUGCUAGACCAAGCUUAACCAGCGAACCUCGACCAGAAGCCAACACGGGCGGAGUUGUGGUCCCUUAUCGGUUCUACGACUUCUUCUUCCUGAACGGAAAGUACCCCCCAGGCACAUUCAGUUUUUCCAGCGACAGCUACGAGCAAGGAAGAGACAGCUUUCAAGAUGUUGGCUAUGUGAGAGACUAUUUUCCCAAUAACCCUGCACCCGUACAGGGGCGCCAGGCCGCCGCUGCUGCUGCACCCGUCCAGAACUUUUACACACCCAGGAUACCCGUGAUGGCUGGUUCUGGACGGAAUGGUGCAAAGACUGCUUCCCCUAGAGGCUUCAGGCAGCCAAUCCGCAACCAGGCCCCUGGCUACAACUUUGGUUAUGGUGGAUACUAG